AUGGUCAGGACAGAUGUGUCCAGCUGUGUGCUAUCGAUCUUGGCUGCGUUCUCGAGUGCUAUCGAUGUGGUCAAGGGAAUCGAGCAGACGAGACGGAAGUCCAGGAAAUCAAAAACGCGGACAGCCGGUGAAGCAGAUGAUGAGGAAACAAAAUUGGUCGCCAGUCUGACGCAUGGAUCCACGAGUAUCGUCCAAGAGUAUCAGCGAAGUCUCGAAGCUGCUGGAGAAGGUUUUGUGGUUGGAGACGCUAUCGCGCAUACUGCACUUGCAGAGGUCCUGUUCAGACUCAAUGCGAGUCUUGUGACCAUCAUAAAUCAGUUUCUACGUCGAGGAGAGGUCUGGGUCGACUAUGGCUCCCUGAUUGAUACCUCGGAGUGCGCUCGCAAGGACACCUGCGACGCCCUCCGGCAGCUCAGCCGCCGUCUGGUGCUUCUAGCUUCGCCCAAGGAGUUAUAUUCGGGUGGUCUGCAUGCUGAGACCAAGGCGCCUGAUGGCCGAAAAAAGAAGACGCACAUAUCGACAAAUGAUAAGCAUUCCAAGAUCCGCCGUCCGACACUAGCUCAAGUGGUAAUCGCGGACUCCUCCAAGGCCGGCCGCAUCGCGAUGGUUAGACCUGGUGGAAGGGCCAAGCAAACCAAGCAGAGUAAAUCUCGCGUCAAGACUUCGUCACUGGUGCGGCAUACACCUCAGCAAAACACAACUCAACCGGUCUGCUAUCCUUUGCCCAUCUCGUCUGAUCCCUCGGUAUCACSGCGAAAAUCAUCCGCAGUGGAGCUUCGCCAACCUCGCUUGGCACCUGUACCGGAUGUGCUGCGUGAGACCGCUUCCGUAACAGACCUUGGAGCAGGGCCUUGUAGGUCCUCUCGACGAGUUCCAUCAACGCCACUUCUCAACAAUCGUAGUCGCAGACCAACACCUACGUACUACUCUAUCGAGUCCGACAGCACCAAGCUCGGCGAAAUCCCCAUGCACAAGUGGCAUAAGCCAUACGAUUUCGAAGCAAUGUCCAUGUUGAACAAAGAGGCCAUAGAGAAUGGAUGGCCGCUUGACAACGGUCAGAUAGACCAGCAGAAGAAGAACAGGAGAUUCGGAUUCUUCCGACUAUUUGGAAGUAAGAAGCCUAGCUGA